AUGAAGUUUCAAACUAUGCUUACCUUAGCAUCUUUUCCAGCACCUGCAGACUUCUUCUUAGAUUUUGAUAAUAUUUCUAUGCUUAAAAGUUUGCUUUGUUAUAACUCUCAUGCAAUAUUUAAUUAUGUCUAUAGAAUAACCAGUUUUCCUCAAACAUUACCAUACGAGAGAUGUGAAAGAUGGAAGGAGCAUUAA